AUGCGGUUGCUUCAUUCUCAGCAGGCUCUUCGUCCUUUAAGUCGGUCGGGUUGCUAUCCUGGCGCGGUCGGGCGACUGUACUCCAGUACCACCUCACAUGGUCACCGACGUGCACCUCUAGCUGGGGUGACGGUCGUCAGUCUCGAACAAGCCAUUGCCGCGCCAUUUUGCACUCGGCAGCUGGCUGAUCUCGGAGCGCGCGUCAUCAAGGUCGAGCGGCCGGGCGUGGGAGACUUUGCGCGCCAGUAUGACUCCCGCGUCAAGGGCCUGGCAUCCCAUUUUAUGUGGACCAAUCGAUCCAAGGAGAGCUUGGCGCUGGAUCUCAAGGAGGAGAAAGAUCAUGCCGUCCUGAUGAAAUUGCUGGAACAUGCCGAUGUGCUGGUCCAGAACCUGGCUCCCGGGGCCACUGCGCGGUUGGGUCUCUCGCACGAGGCCCUGCAGGCGAAACACCCCUCGUUGAUCGUCUGUGAUAUCUCGGGGUACGGACAAGACGGUCCGUAUCGGGACAAGAAAGCGUAUGAUCUUCUCAUUCAAAGUGAAGCCGGUCUGCUGUCCGUCACCGGCAGCGAUACCGAACCCGCCAAGGUGGGCAUUUCCAUCGCAGAUAUUGCGGCCGGCAUGUACGCCUACACCAACAUUCUGUCCGCAUUGAUGCAGCGUGGCAAAGACGGCCUCGGGUGCCGUAUCGACAUCUCGAUGCUGGAGAGCAUGGUCGAAUGGAUGGGGUUUCCGAUGUACUACGCCUUUGACAAUGCGCCGGCGCCAGUGCCAGCCGGGGCCUCGCAUGCUUCGAUCUAUCCGUAUGGACCAUUCGAAACCGGCGACGGGCAAUCGGUGAUGCUGGGCAUUCAGAACGAAAGAGAGUGGGCCAACUUCUGUCAUACCGUCCUAACGCAGCCAGAGCUGGCGGUGGAUCCCCGGUUCUCGACCAACGCACUCCGAACGGAAAACCGGCAGGCACUCAAAACAAUCAUUACGGCCGAGUUCGCCAAGCUGACGGCCGAGGAGACCAUCGCUCGACUCGACGCCGCGGUUAUUGCCAACGCCAAUGUCAACGACAUGCGCGGUGUGUGGGAGCAUGCUCAACUGCGAGCUCGGGAUCGUUGGACGGAUGUGGACACGCCUGCUGGGCGCAUCCCGGCCCUUCUCCCACCGGGGUCCACAAAGAAUGCAGCGCAUGGCGGAUAUGGGGCUCGCAUGGACUCGGUGCCCCGGGUUGGGGAGCAUAACGAAGCCAUUCUCGCUGAGCUGGGCUUGUCAUGA